AUGGCUGACUUACCUCGUGAUCGCCUCACACUAGGUCCUCCAUUCACAUCGGUGGGGAUAGACACCUUCGGACCAUGGUCAGUGGUUUCAAGGAAAACGAGAGGAGGCAUGGCACAGUCUAAACGUUGGGCCAUCAUUUUUACCUGUUUGACUACACGCGGAGUGCACAUCGAGGUAGUCGAGGAAAUGUCGAGCUAUUCCUUCAUCAACGCUCUACGUAGGCUAAUCGCGCUUCGUGGUAAUGUCAAGGAAAUAAGAUCUGAUCGAGGAACUAACUUCAUUGGAGCCGCAGACGAACUCAAACUUAAUGUUAUCAAUGUCGAAGAUGGUGCAGUUCAUGCUUGUUUGCGCAACUCUGGAAUAACCUGGAGGUUCAAUGCUCCCCAUUCUUCUCACAUGGGAGGAGUUUGGGAGCGAAUGAUUGGGAUUGCUAGGAACAUUCUUAACGCGAUGCUACUUGACGUUAGGACCAAAGAUUUGACACACGAAGUCUUGGUUACUCUCAUGGCGGAAGUGACGGCGAUGAUGAAUUCUAGGCCCUUGUCGCUGAUAUCAAGUGACCCUGAGGAUCCUGUGAUUCUCACUCCAGCAAUUUUAUUGAACGUGCAGUAUAACCCUUCUGUAAGUGUCAACCUCGGUGAAAAAGACAUGUACAAAAAACAAUGGAAAAUGGUCCAAGUUCUUUCAGAUAUCUUUUGGAACAACUUUGCGAGCCAAGGGUGUUCAAUACGAUACUCUCCUAUUCACCCUUGGCGGAUCUCACGACGAAAUCGAAGUUCCCGCGAAGCGCAAUCUAGUGGAAAUUGCGGUUAUGCCCCUUACUAUCACAUAACUCCUGACUAA